UGCCGAAACUGUGCCCGAAAGCCGUCCCUUCUGCGAGUCGAGCGACGCGUUGGGGCCUCUUCCUCUCUUUCCCUCAGCGCUUUUUUCUCGCAAACAAAACCCCCAUUCUCAAACAUACUUUACUGACGCCUCCCAUCUGCCAGAUCGAUACGGGAGCACUACAGAGCGGCCUGCUGCAGGUUUUAUCGUAUUCAUCCAUCUCUCCCCAUCCCACCAAAAACACACCGCAUGCGUCUCCCAUCUCAAAGACCAGCACGACGAUGAUCGCAAUGUCAACACACCACCUACACCCAACGUUCAACUCCCGCCUCCGUUCCUCCCACCCUCCCCCUCACCACCACCACCCGCAAGCAGACUCAACCUACUCGCAAACCGCUGGGACGCGCAAACUCGCAAGACAGCCUGUUAUGCCUAUUCCUGAGUAUCCGACAGGCAAGAAUAGGUUUGCCAACGACCCGUUGUAUCCCGUCUGGUGGGGACAUCGAGAACACGUCCCUGGCAAGUCAAAGCCCGCAACACACGCUUUACAUUAUUGGUCAUGUCCAAAAAGAAUGAUAGACGAAACAACGCAAACGCUUUCCAAUGCAUGUAUCCGGCCCCCAGCACCACCAGCACCGCGGCGUCACUCGUCCUCUCCGGAACAUGGGAGGGAGUCGACACCGCGUGGGUUUUAUACUAUCCCGUUCCGCGAUGGUGGGGGCGAGGAGGUGGAUAGGAGUAGGGAUGGAGAGGGGCGACGGGAGGCGUGGACGGAUAUGGCGCGGGAGGAGAGCGGCAAUGGUGGGGAAGGGAAUCAUGCAGAUGGAAAAUCCCCGCAAGCGGCUUCUACGCAGACGGGGGUUGAGGACCCGGCAUCGGCCGCAUACAGCCAGAAGGACGUCGGAGAAUCGUCAUCGGGAAAAGGGUCGAAUCAGGAAUCGGAAAAGACGUCCAAUCAUUCGCGGGACGCAUCAUCACACCGAAGCCGCCACGCCCCAUCCAACAACUCAGAUCGCCCCACAUCCAAUGCCAGUUCUCAUAAACAGUCGAACCCGCCGUCACCGCCACGGUCGACAUACCGCCCAAUAACGAAAGAAAGCAGCACGUCCCCACUCCGCUCCGUACCCCUCGAAGUCGCCACAUCGUCCGCCGUCCGGGAUACAGAUACAUCUACACCAUCCCGCCGCGACACUUCACAUAGGGCUCCGACGACAGCUGCUGCACCUGUACAACCGCAACCGCAACCGCAACCGCAAAGAAAGGCGCCCGGAGCCUUCUGGGUGGACAUCAAAAACUUGAAACGGUCCGUGGAUAUCAGCACGUCGGGUGGGGACGUGCAAUCGGGGAAAAGGGGUCUGGGUAUGAGCGGUGGGGCGAGCAGGUCGGCGCAUGCUUCGAACAACAGCGCGAGGAUGUCUCAUCUCCCCGUGCCCACGCCACAUCUCACCACAUCCCACACAUCCACGACCCCCUCCUCACAUCCCGCCGACAACCGCCCCCGGAUCUCCACCAUUCUCGACACCUUCCUAUCCAGCGACGUCGUCCGGAUGUUUGAUCUGACCCUGCUGCCGGAGCACUUGAGAGCCGUUGUUGGGUUGGACGUGGAGUAAAAUCCACCCGCAUUCGUUUCGGGAUCUGUCGGGAUGUGUGAUGUGACCCGGGGAUGUGUGACCCGGGGAUGUGUCCACACGACACCUCCCCCUCUCUCUUUCCCCCCGAUGUGUUUUCGUAGCCCCA